AUGGCGGCGCGUCCCGGUGGUGGUGGUGGUGGUGGUGGUGGUCAAGGAGGACUGGGCACGCCGCCCUGUGGUCGGCGGCACGAGUCUUCCAGUGCGGGGUCCGGCGACACGAAGAUCUGGAGUUUUGAGGAGGUCCGCGAUCUCACUUCGUCGUCGUCGUCGUCGCCCACCAAAAUCACCAUAAUCGACGUCCGCGAGCCCCACGAGCUCUCCUCGACGGGCCGCAUCCCGGGCGCCAUCAACGUCCCCGUAAAGUCGGCGCCCGACAGCUGGCACGUGCCCGAGGACGAGUUCGAGCACGCCCACGGCUUCCCCCGCCCGGCCAAGGGCGCCGAGGUUCUCUUCUACUGCAAGGCCGGCGUGAGGAGCCGCGCGGCCGCGGGCCUGGCCAGGGACGCGGGCUUCACGGCGGUCGGGGAGUACCCGGGCAGCUGGGAUGAGUGGGUUGCCAAGGGGGGCAAGGUGCAGCGGUAG